UUUUCGGCGCAGACUCGGGGGUUUUCGCUCGGGAGUACCGCAUGCAGUGACAUGCGCAACACACCCCGACAGGUCGUGACGAAUUGGCUCUACGACAAUGCUAAUUCAAUGCCGCCUCCAACCCUGACGUUCACGACGAUGAUGUCCCUACGCCCCCUCCUCGCCUUGUCCCGCCCGCAGGCCCAUCUCCCGCUCAUCCGCGCCUUCACAACGACCAUCGCCCGCAACAAAGCCGCACACAGCAAAGCGCUCCCGCCGCGAACGCCCAUCCUCGACUCUGAAAUCGUGGAGAACUUCCUCAAAGGCAGCGGGCCCGGGGGCCAGAAGAUCAACAAAACCUCGUCCGCGGUGCAGCUCAUCCACCUGCCGACGGGGAUAGUGGUGAAAUACCAGGACACGCGGAGUCGCGAGUUGAACCGCAAGAUGGCGCGGCGCAUAUUGCAGGAUCGCAUUGAGGAGGGUGCGGAGCUGGAGGGGGAGGACCAGGGAGAUAGUGAAGAGGCCGAGACAGAGCAGGUUGGUCGCGUGGAGCAGGCACUUCCUGAGGGUGCGGGCAAGGCGGGAGGUGGAUGAAGGUACAUGGAAGGACAAGAUUUGAUGCUUCACGAAGAGGAACACACGCGAUACAGCGAAGAACUCCACGCUCCAUACUAUGCCACACCGCUGCAGUAGAGACUGGCCGACAGGAGUCUGUCAGAGGCUCAGUCGUGCUCCGCCAUCCUCGUUGCUUCACAAAGAACGCGUUGCCGGAGUCACAGGCAGCUUCGAAACUACACAGCGCGGGCUACGUGAAGGCACC